AUGUCUCAGCAAGUCCAAAAAAACGGUGUCAUCCUCGCCAAACCAAUGUUUGUCACCUUUGACGCGUACGGCACUUUAUAUACUCCUAAGAAACCGAUACACGAACUUUACUGCUCCUUCGCUAUUGAACACGGAAUCAUCCCCGAGAGUUCAGAUAUACAAGUAUACGAGCAGAGGUUUCUUUCUGCAUUCAAGAAUAACUUUUCCAAGUAUCCCAAUUAUGGAAAGAACGUUGUUGGACCAAUCCGGUUACCCCAGCUGGAUGAUUGGUGGGACUUGGUUAUCAGAGAUACGUUCGAUCUCUCACACGGCGGUGAGGUAGCCAGUACAACAUAUACCUUCGUCCAGGACUUGCUUGCCGACUUUAAAUCCACGAAAGUUUACGACUCCUUUGACGAUGUUGUUCCGUUAUUGGAUUGGCUUAGACAUCACCACAUCCCAAUGGGUGUAGCUAGCAAUACAGAUCGUAACGCCAUCGAUGUUCUCAAUCUGUUUGGGUUUCUGAAAUGGUUUUCUCCUGAGAACAUUUUCCUCAGUUACGAUAUGGAUGUGCUGAAGCCCGACAAGCUCUUUUUCGAUAAAAUUAGACAAGCCGCUACCCCAGACGAGGUUGCUCCGAGUUCGUGCUGGCACAUUGGAGAUGAGUUGUCGAAGGAUUUUACAGCUGCAUAUAAUGCUGGCUGGAGCAGCAUCUUAGUGGAUAGGCAGAAUAAACAUGGGUUCUUUGGGUCCCAAAUGGGUAAGCUUCGCUCGAGAAUCGUCAAUGACAGACAGGUGGUGGUGCGGGAUCUCAAGGAAGUUUCUAAUGUUUUUGGAGCGACAGAGUAG